AUGCGGGGUCCCGAUCCACAUUCCUCGGGGAGAGAAGUUGUCGAGGGGGGAUUCUGCUGCCGGAUGGGCUCUCUUGGUUUUCUCCGGGUUUUUGUUUUCGAGAGCUCCGCUUUCUUUGGGUGCUAGGGUUGGUGCUGUUCAGGUGCGGUGUGUUGUGGUGACGGCAGCGGCGUUGCUGCAAUCUUGGUUUUGCUACGUUUCUCCUGUUGCCAUUCCGGUGGUCAAUGCUCCUAGUGUGGCGACGCUGGUUUUGCAUUCUCCUCCUCGCAGUCGUGCAGUUGGAGCGAGAUCUGGCUUUUUGCUCGCGUUACUGUUCCCGUGGAGGGGGGCUGGUCGUCAUUUAGGGCGCUUCUGCAACGCCGUUCCUGGCUGUUCUACCUUUUUUGUUGUCUGUGGCGAUCCUGCUUCGGAGUGUGCUGCGAUCAAGGCUGGUGGCUGCGGAAGCUCCUGUUGUCAACGUGAUCUGGUUUCCGUACUUCUUCCGUUGGUCUAUGGUUAGAGGGCGAGCGAUACGGGUGUUCAUGAUAAGUCGUGCAUCGAGCUGGUGCUCGGCCCAUGUUCUUCUUCACAGUGUGUGAAGGGGCGUUGGAUGGUGCUGGUUGCACUGUGGUGGAAGCAUCUAGUGUUCGACGGUGUCUCAUGAUUCUGUUCCGUUUGGUGCUCUCUGGUGGCGCUUCUUUUUUUCGGGUUGGUGGUCCAGUGGCAUUGAGGAUUGUCGACGCUUUCUUGUUGCUGACUUCAUCUUUUUCGCCUCGAGCUUCUUCGGUUCUGUUCUCCACCAACUUGUUGUAGGCUAAGGCCAUUGAUGCUACUGUUGCGGUUGAAGUCAUGGCUGCUGCUGCAAGUUCGUGAAGAGAGUAGUGGACGUUUAGGUCGUGGUUGGUAGCUGUCGGGGAAAUUGCGGUAUUUGCUAUCUGCCGACCCGCGUUUUUGUCGCCGUGGAUGCUGGAGGAUUAAGUCCUGCGGUGCAGUGCCGUCAAUUUUGGCUGGUGGUCGACUUAAUCCGGCUCUUGUUGCUGUGCUCGUUCGUCUCCGACUAUUUUUGGGGUCCGGUGUUGUUCGACUAUCGCUGAGUUUCCGAUCAUCGUCGUCGCCUUUAGUCGGCACUGUCGGUGGACUGGCGGGGUUGGCAGGUAUUGUUGAAUGGGAGAAAUGAUGUUGUGCAACUAGUAGGCGGACGCGAGUUCGCUGGUGAUGUGGGUCUUGAUAGCAGAUAUCGAUGCUUAAAUUUGGAGAUGUGACAGUCAGCGAAAAGUUGAGAAAGUAACUCGACGGUUAGAGUCCCUACCGACAAUUGCAGAGAGGCAACGUUGUUCAGAAUUCAGUGUUGCAAGGGUGUUCGAAAUGUAGUACCGAUUUGUUAGUGCUGAUGAGGUAAGAUGGUUCAUUAAAACACAAAAUUGUGGUGUAUGGAAGGUCCUCGUGAGGCAGGCAUUGAAGUUGACAGCGUAGUGAAAAAUUUAUGUAAGCAGCUUGGUAUUCAAUAGAACCGUCGGCUUCGCUGAAGAAUAUCAUGUGAGCAGGUAGCAUCUGGAGUUCGGAUAGCUUCCUGUGAUACUCUUGGACUCGGAACAAUUGUGAUACGAUUAUCAUCCGGCAGCCCUCUUUUCCAUAUCCCGAGUUUCUGUUGCAAGUCAUCUUCGCCUACCCAGUUUCAUUUCUGUGAAGGGUUCUGAAGAUCGAAGGACUUUGAGCCGCCAGUGGGUCGGCGAGCAAUUCCAUUUCUUCUUGCACAACUGCUAUCGCAGCUACUCCAGGCUCGUUUUCGAUACUUCCACAUUGCGGUGAGACUUCCGGAUUGGAUGAAUUGUUGGAUUGGAUGACUAAAUGAGUUGGAUAAAGUUAGGUUAGGAAUUUGAUCUAGCCAUGUGGAUGAACAACUUGAAUGAAUACUCAGGUAUGGGUGAAUUCUUAUUGUUAGAUGACAUCUCAUUUAUGGAUGAAGUUUUGUAUAAAGAUGAAUUCUUAUCAAUGGAUGAGAAUAUCUAAAUUGAGUGAUGAUUGGAGGUAUGAUUUUUUUUAUUUUGGUUGCUUGUGUUAAGUUGGACUAAAUUGAGGGAGUUAGAAGGGUAGGUAAUAAUUGCAAUUCAUUGGAUAUUAAAAUUUGGUGGAUUAUUGCAUGGUUGAAUAAGCUACCAUUAGGGUGGUAAUAUUUAUCUUCCAAGAAUCUAAUCUAGUUUUUCAUCAAUCAAAUACUAAUAUUUGAUGUGUGCAUUUUCUCAUAAGUUUAAUAUUAAAAUUUGAUGCUUGCAUCUUCUAUAGGUGACAAGGCCAUUUCCUAGUAAUAAAUUUGAACAUCUUAAAGCACUAUUUCCAAUUCUUCUUUGAAUCAUGGCUAGGUUGGAUUCUACAACUCAUACUUCAGAAUCAAUGUUGCCAAAUGUUGAUGGUGUGGAUCAUACUCUUGGUGGAGUUGUAUCAAGCAUAUAUUCAGAAUUGCAAUUGUAUUUGGAAAUUGCAAUGAAGUCCAUGGAAAAAGUCGAAGAGUUAACUUCUCAAAGAGAGGCAACAAAUUUGCCAAAGUUCAACAAAGAUGAAUGUGAAUAUUUAGCUUGUAAACUCAAGCUCACCUUUGAGAGUGCUAGUUUAUUCUUUCUUGCCAUAUGCCAUCGAAAAGACAUUCCUAAAGAAGCUUUGGCAAGUUGUGUGGGAAAUUUCGAGCUAUUUGCUACAAAGGCAAAAGAAAUUGAAAGUUUCAUCCAAGAUUGUUGUCAAAAUGCAUGGAUCCAAGCUGCCAUCAUAUUGACAAAAGUGCAAGAGCGGGUUUCAUCAUUAGGCUUUAAUUUGGAAUUAUGUAGACUUAUAUUUGUUGACUAUGAAUUUAGAGCACCACUAAGCAAAACGUGGACAGAACUUGUUGACAAAAUUGAAGAAAUCAAUAGUAUUGAAGCCAAGAUUGUGCAAGAGAAAGCAUUUCAAGAUGAAGAGGCGUUGCUAAAGAAAGUGGAUUUGGAAUUGAAAUCAUUGAAUGGUGAGGAGGAAGAGUUAGCUUACAUUUUGCUUGAAAGACUUAAAAGCACAUCAAUUGCAUCUUCACGAAAUUCAUUGAAGGGAGAAUUGGAGAAGGUGAAGCAAUGCAACCAAAUAGGAAAAGGUGCAUCUGCAACUGUAUAUAAAGUUAAUUGGUUAGAGAUGGAAGUUGCAAAGAAGGUGUUUUAUGGAUCAAACAAUAAAUAUUUUGAACAAGAAGUGUCAAUUGUAUUGGGGGUGUUUCAUGCAAAUAUUAUGUCCAUACUUCACUAUACUUCAAGCAAGCAUCAGUGCUCUAUUUUCAUGGAGUUGAUGGAUGGAGAUCUUACUUCUCUAAUAUGGCAUAGAUUGGAAACUCUUCAUCUAAAUAUACCAUUUUCCAAUAUAGUAGUUGUUGACAUUAUUCUUCAAAUUGCAGAAGGUAUGGUUUGUCUUCACUCAAAAGAUAUUGUGCACAGGGACUUGAAACCAGAGAAUGUUUUGGUGAAGAUAACAAAUAUGGAAACUGGUCAUGUACAUGCCAAAUUGGCAGAUUUUGGAAUGUCCAAAAUCAAGAAAAGUAGUUGUUCUACUCAAACACUCAAUAUAGGUACUACUAGAUACAUGGCUCCAGAAGUGAUUAAAAUCCAUGAGCAAGGAAGUGAAAACCAUAUGCUUACAAGUGCAAACAAACGAAAGUAUCCACCAAAAAGUGAUGUGUAUAGUUUUGGUAUGGUGUGUUAUCAAAUACUAACUGGAAAAAUCCCUUUCUUUGAUCUAUCUAAUAGUGAAGCCAAGAAAAAGAUAAAGAGUGGAGAGUGCCCAUCUCUACCUCAUCAUUGUCCACCAAUUUUGAAGAAAUUGAUAGAAGACUGUUGGAAAUUUAAUCCCAAAGAUCGUCCAACCUUUAUAGAGAUAUGCAAGGAUUUAAGGUGUAUAAAAUAUUUAUUGAUGACAUCAUGUUCAAGCUUGAUAAUAUUGCCAAAUAAAUCAAUUAAUUUUUUGUCUUUUACAACCUUGAAAAUAAGUGAAUCUUCAAGUUUGAUAUCAUUGUUAAAUAAAUUGGAUAAUUAUUCAACUUUGACAACUUGUGAGAUAACUAUGUGCUCAAAGUUGACGUCAUUGCCAAAAGAAUUAGUCAACCUCACAUUUAUAACUUCUUUAAACUUAAGUGGGUGCUCAAGCUUGACAUCAUUGCCAAAUGAAUUGGGCAACCUCACAUCUUUGAUUUCCUUAGAUAUAAGUGGGUGCUCGAACUUGAUAUCAUUGCCAAAUGAAUUGCACAACCUUGCAUCUUUGACAUCUUUAAAUUUAAGUGGGUGCUCGAACUUGACAUCAUUGCCAAACGAAUUGGACAAUCUCACAUCUUUGAUUUCGUUAGAUUUAAGUGGAUGCUCGAACUUGACAUCAUUGCCAAAUGAAUUGGACAACCUCACAUCUUUGACUUCAUUAAAUAUAAAUGGGUGCUCGAGCUUGACAUCAUUGCCAAAUGAAUUGGGCAACCUCACAUCUUUGACUUCAUUAAAUAUAAAUGAGUGCUCGAGCUUGACAUCAUUGCCAAAUGAAUUGGGCAACCUCACAUCUUUGAUUUCCUUAGAUUUAAGUGGGUGCUCGAACUUAACAUCAUUGCUAAAUGAAUUGCACAACCUUGCAUCUUUGACAUCUUUAAAUUUAAGUGGCUGCCCGAGCUUGACAUCAUUGCCAAAUGAAUUGGGCAACCUCACAUCUUUGAUUUCCUUAGAUUUAAGUGGGUGUUCGAACUUGACAUCAUUGCCAAAUGAACUGGACAACUUCACAUCUUUGACUUCAUUAAAUAUAAAUGGGUGCUCGAGCUUAACAUCAUUGCCAAAUGAGUUGGGCAACCUCACAUCUUUGACUUCCAUAAAUUUAAGUUGGUGCUCGAACUUAACAUCAUUGCCAAAUGAAUUGGGCAACCUUGCAUCUUUGACUUCUUUUAAUAUCAGUGAGUGUUGGAAGUUGAUAUCAUUGCCAAAUGAAUUGGGCAAACUCACAUCUUUGACUUCUUUUAAUUUAAGUUGGUGCUCAAGCUUGACAUCAUUGCCAAAUGAAUUGGGCCACCUUGUAUCUUUGACAUCCUUAAAUUUAAGUGAGUGCUCGAACUUGACAUCAUUGCCAAAUGAAUUGGGCAAACUUACAUCUUUGAUUUUGUUAGAUUUAAGUGGGUGCUCGAACUUGACAUCAUUACCAAAUGAACUGGGCAACCUCACAUCUUUGACUUCAUUAAAUAUAAAUGGGAGCUCGAACUUGACAUCAUUGCCAAAUGAAUUGGGCAAUCUUACAUCUUUAACUUCAUUACAUAUAAGUGAGUGUAUGCGGUUGACAUCAUUGCCAAAUGAAUUGGGCAACCUCAAAUCUUUGACUUCCUUAAUUUUAAGUGAAUGCUCGAGCUUGACAUCAUUGCCAAAUGAAUUGGGCAACCUCAAAUCUUUGACUUCCUUAAUUUUAAGUGAAUGCUCCAGCUUGACAUCAUUGCCAAAUGAAUUGGGCAACCUCACAUCUUUGACUUCUUUAAAUUUAAGUGGAUGUCGGCACUUGACAUCAUUGCCAAAUGAAUUGGGCAACCUCACAUCUUUGACUUCUUUAGAUUUAAGUUGGUGCUUGAAUUUGAAAACAUUGCCAAACAAAUUGCGUAACGUCACAUCUUUGACUUCAUUAAAUUUAGAUGGGUACUAUAGCUUAACAUCAUUCUCAAAUGAAUUGCGCAACCUUACAUCUUUGACUUCUUUGAAUAUAAGUGCGUGUUGGAAGUUGAUAUCAUUGCCAAUUGAAUUGGGCAACCUCACAUCUUUGACUUCUUUACACAUAAGUGAGUGUCAUGAGUUGAGAUCAUUGCCAAAUGAAUUGGGCAACCUCACAUCUUUGACUUCUUUACACAUAAGUCAGUGUCAUGAGUUGAGAUCAUUGCCAAAUGAAUUGGGCAACCUUGUAUCUUUGACUUCUUUAAAUUUAGUUAAUUGUUGGAAGUUAACCUCAUUGCCAAAAGAAUUAGUCAACCUUACAUCUUUGACUUCCUUAAAUUUAAGUGGGUUUUGGGAGGUAACAUUAUUGCCAAAUGAAUUAGGCAACCUCACAUCUUUGACUUCUUUAGAAAUUAGUGGGUGUUCGAAGUUGACAUCAUUGCCAAAUAAAUUGGGCAACCUCACAUCUUUGACUUCCUUAAAUUUAAGUGGAAACUCGAGCUUGACAUCAUUGCCAAAUGAAAUGGGUAACCUCACAUCUUUGACUUCCUUAAAUUUAAAAAGGUGCUCGAACUUGACAUCAUUGCCAAAUGAAUUGGGCAACCUUGCAUCUUUGACUUCCUUAAAAUUAAGUAGGUGCUCGAGCUUGAAAUCAUUGCCAAUUGAAUUGAGCAACCUCACAUCUUUACCUUCCUUAAGUUUAAGUGGUUGUUGGAAGUUGACAUCAUUGCCAAAUGAAUUGGGCAACCUCACAUCUUUGACUUCCUUAAAUUUAAGUGGGUGCUCGAACUUGACAUCAUUGCCAAAUGAAUUGGGCAACCUCACAUCUUUGACUUCCUUAAAAUUAAGAAGGUGCUCGAACUUGACAUCAUUGCCAAAUGAAUUCGGCAACCUUGCAUCUUUGACUUCUUUAAAUUUAGAUGGGUGGAAAAACUUAACAUCAUUGCCAAAAGUAUUAGUCAACCUCACAUCUUUAACUUCUUUAAAUUUAAGUAGGUGCUCGAGCUUGACAUCAUUGCCAAAUGAAUUGGGUAACCUUGCAUCUUUGACAUCUUUAAAUUUAAGUGGGUGUUGGAGGUUGAGAUCAUUGCCAAAUGAAUUGGGCAACCUCACAUCUUUAACUUCUUUACAUAUAAGUAAGUGUUGGGAGUUGACAUCAUUGCCAAAUGAAUUGGGCAACCUCACAUCUUUGAUUUUGUUAAAUUUAAGUGAGUGCUCGAACUUGACAUCAUUGCCAAAUGAAUUGUGCAACCUCACAUCUUUGAUUUCCUUAGAUUUAAGUGGAUGCUCAAAUUUGACAUCAAUGCCAAAUGAAUUACACAACAUCACAUCUUUGACUUCAUUAAAUAUAAAUGAGUGAUCGAGCUUGACAUCAUUGCCAAAUGAAUUGAGUCAACCUUAUAGCUUUGACUUCCUUAAAUUUAAGUGGGUGCUCGAGCUUGACAUCAAUGCCAAUUGAAUUAAAGAACCUCACAUCUUUGAUUUUCUUAGAUUUAAGUGAAUGUUGGAAGUUGACAUCAUUGCCAAAUGAAUUGAGCAACCUCACAUCUUUGACUUCCUUUGAUUUAAGUGGGUGUUGGAAGUUGACAUCAUUGCCAAAUAAAUUGGGCAACCUCAGAUCUUUGACUUCCUUAAAUUUAAGGUGGUGCUUGAACUUGAUAUCAUUGCCAUAUGAAUUGGGCAACCUUGCAUCUUUCACAUCUUUAAAUUUAAGUGGGUGCUUGAGCUUGACAUCAUUGCCAAAUGAAUUGGACAACCUCACAUCUUUAACUUCUUUAAAUUUAAGUGGGUGCUCGAGCUUGACAUUAUAUCCAAAUAAAUUGGGCAACCUCACAUCUUUGAUUUUCUUAGAUUUAAGUGGAUGCUCGAACUUCACAUCAUUGCCAAAUGAAUUGCGCAACCUCACAUCUUUGACUUCAUUAAAUUUAAAUGGGUGAUCGAGCUUGACAUCAUUGCCAAGUGAAUUGGGUCAACCUUAUAGCUUUGACUUCCUUAAAUUUAAGUGGGUGCUCGAGCUUGACAUCAUUGCCAAAUGAACUGGGCAACCUCACAUCUUUGACUUCAUUAAAUGUAAUGGGUGCUCGAACUUGACAUCAUUGCCAAAUGAAUUGGGCAACCUCACAUCUUUAACUUUACUACAAAUAAGUGAGUGUUGGGAGUUGACAUCAUUGCCAAAUGAAUUGGGCAAACUCACAUCUUUGACUUCCUUAAGUUUAAGUGGGUGAUCGAGCUUGACAUUAUUACAAAAUGGAUUGGGCAACCUCACAGCUUUGACUUCUUUAAAUUUAAGUGGUUGUUGGAACUUGACAUCAUUGCCAAAUUAAUUGGGCAACCUCACAUCUUUGACUUCCUUAAAUUUUAGUUGGUGCUCAAACUUAACAUCAUUGCCAAAUGAAUUGGACAACCUUGCAUCUUUGACUUCUUUAAAUUUUAUUGGGUGCCCAAGCUUGACAUCAUUGCCAAUUGAAUUGAGCAACCUCACAUCUUUACCUUCCUUAUGUUUAAGUGGUUGUUGGAGGUUGAGAUCAUUACCAAAUGAAUAGGACAACCUCGCAUCUUUGACUUCCUUAGAUUUAAGUGGGUGCUGCAACUUGACAUCAUUGCCAAAUGAAUUGGGCAACCUCGCAUCUUUGACCUCUUUAAAUUUAGUUGGAUGGAGAAACUUAACAUCAUUGCCAAAAGAAUUAGUCAACCUUGCAUCUUUGACUUCCUUAAGUUUAAGUGGGUGUUGAGAUUUGACAUCAUUGCCAAAUGAAUUGGACAAACUCACAUCUUUGAUUUCCUUAAAUUUAAGUGGGCACUCGAGCUUGACAUCAUUGCCAAAUGAAUUGGGUAAUCUCAUAGCUUUGACUUCCUUAAAUUUAAGUGGGUGUUGUAAGUUGACAUCAUUGCCAAAUGAAUUGGGCAACCUCACAUCUUUGACUUCUUUAAAUAUUAGUGGAUGUUGGAAGUUGAUAUCAUUGCCAAAUGAAUUGGGCAACCUCACAUCUUUGACUUCCUUAAAUUUAAGUUGAUGCUCGAACUUGACAUUAUUGUCAAAUGAAUUGGGCAACCUCACAUCUUUAACUUCUUUUCAUAUAAGUGAGUGUUGGAAGUUGACAUCAUUGCCAAAUGAAUUGGACAACUUCACAUCUUUGACUUCCUUAAAUAUUAGUGGGUGCUCAGACUUGAUAUCAUUGCCAAACGAAUUAGGCAAUCUCACAUCUUUGACUUCCAUAAAUUUAAGUAGGUGCUCGAACUUGACAUCAUUGCCAAAUGAAUUGGACAACCUCACAUCUUUGACUUCCUUAAAUUGAAGUGGAUGUGGGACGUUGAAAUCAUUUCCAAAUGAAUUGGCUAAUCUUACAUUUUUGAAAGUCAUUGAUGAAAAGAGUUGGAUAUCAUUAUCCAAAGCAAUAAUCAAUGAUUAUUUGAGAAUAUAUAUUUUAAAAUAGGUUUUAAAUCAAUCAAUUAUACACUUAUAUGUGAAUAAGAAAUGUAAUAUUAAGCCUAGAUAGGAUAUUUUGAACAUACAAUAGCACAAAAGUAAUAAUAAUUCUAAGAAGAUAGAAUUCAAAUUUAGAAUUUAGAAUUUGGAAGAUGAGAUUUAUAUAUUCUCUAAUAAAUAAAUGGACUUUUUAAAUCUAUAAUUUGAGCUAUUUUGUUUUGGAGAUCUACAAAUUGAA